UGAUCAUACGGUCUAUGCGGCAUAUACAAUUCACUUCGUUCCCGGGAACAUCAACGAGAUUAGAGGUGGGCUUUCAACUUUUAUUCCAAUGGUGGACAGGGCUCCUUUGAAUCUGCCUUGAGGUCUUCCUAUCACCACGUUCAAACCCGAAGGAUUGUAGAGUACAGCUGGAAGUACCUUGUAGAAGAAGCACCUUUUUAGAGAUUGGAAAAUCAUCCACUGCUGUUGUACAGCGGGUUCUCUGAUCAACCAGGAGUGAUAUUUUGACUGCAAGUGGAAAACAAGGUGUGGGUAAGGCUCAGCAGAUGCAGGGCCAACCGAAACGCUUCUCUACCAUGGAUGUUGAUGAGGAGGAGAACAUGAGUUCAUCCAGCACCGACGUUAAGGAAAACCGUAACCUGGACAACGUCUCUUCUAAGGAGGGAGCUGGACUGGUCGAACAGCUCCCAAAUGGUAGCGGAGGAGGGGGUCGCAAGCGCCCCUUGGAGGAGGGUAACAAUGGCCAUUCACACUCGAAAUUCAGACCCAAGAAGCGUAAGAAAACGCCAGGGCCCAUUCUACCCAAGAAUGCCCUGAUGCAGCUGAAUGAGAUCAAACCGGGCUUGCAGUACAAGCUGCUCUCGCAAACUGGUCCGGUCCAUGCUCCUGUGUUUGUUAUGACAGUUGAAGUCAAUGGGCAGUUGUUUGAGGGUUCAGGUCCCACAAAGAAAAAGGCCAAGCUAAAUGCAGCCGAGAAGGCCUUACGCUCCUUCGUCCAGUUCCCCAACGCAUCCGAGGCGCAUUUGGCCAUGGGCCGUACACUGACCGUCAACACUGAUUUCACCUCCGACCAGGCUGACUUUCCUGAUAUGCUCUUCAAUGGGUUUGAGACGCCGGUACCGCCUGAGGAAUCAUUUUUUCUGGGCUCCAACGGCAACGGCUCCUUAAACCUGCUGAGAGAGUACACCAUGCCCCAAGUGGUGGGCACUAACAGCCUCGUGCAGGCACCCCUGCCUCCGCCCUCUUCUUUCUCCUCCUCAUCGAGCGGCAAGAACCCAGUUAUGAUCCUCAACGAGCUUCGACCGGGCCUCAAAUACGAGUUUGUGUCAGAGAGUGGGGAGAGCCAUGCUAAGAACUUUGUAAUGUCAGUGACUGUGGAUUUGCAGACUUUUGAGGGCUCAGGGCGGAAUAAGAAACUUGCAAAAGCCCGGGCUGCACAGGCGGCUCUGUCAGCGCUUUUCAACAUGCAGCUGGACCAGACACCAUCACGUCAACCCAUCCCCAGAGAAGGCCUGCAACUGCACCUGCCCCAGGUUCUUGCGGAUGCCGUUUCCCGUCUGGUGGUGGACAAAUUCAGCGAGCUGACUGACAACUUCACCUCUCCACACGCACGACGGAAGGUUCUGGCUGGAGUUGUCAUGACAACAGGUACUGAUGUCAAGGAAGCUCAGGUCAUCUGCGUCUCCACUGGAACCAAGUGUAUAAACGGCGAGUAUAUGAGCGACCGCGGCCUGGCGCUCAACGAUUGUCAUGCUGAAAUCAUUGCUCGUCGCUCUCUGAUCAGAUAUCUCUACAUGCAGCUGGAGUUCUUCCUCAGCAACAACAAAGAGGAACAGCAGAAGUCCAUAUUUACGCAGUGUGAUAAACGUGGAUACCGGCUGAAAGACAAUGUCCAGUUCCAUCUGUACAUCAGCACGUCACCCUGCGGAGACGCUCGGAUCUUCUCGCCCCACGAAGCGGGUGUAGAGGGUGAGAGAGACUUUAAGAGCCCCAACUAUUCAGUCAAAGCCUCAUUUGAUCCCUUUCUACAUGAUCUAGCCAGAGACCAGGGCGACAGACACCCCAACAGGAAGGCAAGAGGCCAGCUGAGGACCAAGAUCGAAUCUGGUGAGGGGACCAUCCCAGUGCGCACUAGUAACACCAUACAGACAUGGGACGGAGUUCUGCAGGGAGAACGUCUGCUUACGAUGUCGUGCAGUGACAAAAUCGCAAGAUGGAAUGUGGUAGGCAUCCAAGGCUCUCUAAUGAGCUACUUCACAGAGCCUAUCUACUUCUCCAGCAUAAUUCUUGGCAGCCUGUACCACGCCGAUCAUCUCUCACGAGCCAUGUACCAGCGGAUUGCAGACAUCGAAGACCUGCCCCAGCAAUUCUCCCUUAACCGCCCCCUGCUCAGCGGAAUCAGUAACGCUGAGGCACGGCAGCCAGGAAAGGCUCCCAACUUCAGUGUGAACUGGGCUGUGGGAGACCAGGCUCUAGAAGUCAUCAACGCCACCACAGGCAAGGAUGAUAUGGGUAGACCCUCUCGUCUCUGUAAGCACGCCCUAUACAGCCGCUGGGUUCGGCUGAACGCUAAGCUGUUGUCAACACUUCGGAUCAAAGUGGCCAAGCCCAGUUCAUACCACGAAGCCAAACAAGCAGCGGUGGAGUACCACACAGCGAAGCAAACGCUCAUCAAGGCCUUUCACAAAGCGGGCCUGGGCGCCUGGGUGAAAAAGCCCAUAGAACAGGACCAGUUCUCACUGAACUCUUGAAGAGGGACCAAAACAAAGACCAGGACAUGACAACAACCAGCUGUUAAUACUUCACUUGAUGUGUGGGUGUGUGUGUGUGAUUGUGUUUGUUCUCAGACAAACCAAGAGCCCUUUAGUGUCUCGUUUUGCUCUCUCUUUGUGUGCAAUCAUACAUUUGCAUUUUAAUUUGUAAUGUAGAAGCAGAUUGUCAUCUGAAUGAUUGUUUGUUUUGAAGUUAGUGGCAUUAGCCUACAGCAGAUAACAGGAAGUAAUGUCAUUUGUAACUGUAACAAAAAAUACUUUUUACAUUUCAGUUGGAUUUUGUUUGUUUUUGUUUUGUUUCA